GGUGGAUGGAGGAACGGGUCUGUUAAGUCGCCGAGUCAAUGGUCAAAGGAGGAAGGGGGAGGAGUUUUGGCAAACAUUUUUAACAUAAUUUUGUCUAUUAAAUGCUUCCAAAUGCUGCAGAGAACAAGUGCCUGAGAUAGAAGAGGACAACUUUGGAAAAUGGUAAUUUAGAGUAACAAAAAAUGGCUGGAAGUUUGGAGAAGCUCUCAAAUCUAAUGUUGAUAACGCCGCAGAAUGACAGACUUAAAGAGACCGAAGAGCUGCUUUCAAGACUAGCCGCUACGGAGGGAUGGCAGAAAAUAUUUGACUCAAGAAUCGACAAACGAACAGCACCUAUAUUCACCAGCGUUACGACGAUUAAUGGACAGGUCAUUGACCACGCCCUGUUUCUUCACAAGGGACGGGAGAAGGUCGUUGGAGUUUGUCAGUUUGGAAAGGACGCUCAGGGUCCUACAGGAUGGGCACAUGGAGGUGCAAGUGCCACAAUGCAUGAUGCGAUUACUGGAACUCUAGCCAGAAGACAUACAAAUGAGAAGGUUGUCACUGGAAAUCUUAACAUUAGUUUUAUUAACCCAACACCAAUGAGAGCAGCCAUUUUAAUGGAAGCAACCAUUCAAAAGAGGGAAGGACGAAAAAUCUUCUUGAGGGGACGUCUUAAAAGUGCAGAUGGAAAAAUAACUUACACUGAGUCUACAGCCAUCUUCAUAAUCCUUAACGAUGAAUUGGGGAAAAUCUCCAAAUUAUAAUUGUCAGGAAAUGUUAGCUGUAUCAGAGUUUAUUUAUAAAAUUGUUAACAACUUUAUGACUUUAAAAACAUUUUAAUUCUUUUAAUUUAUUCUCAUGUUAAA